AACAGCGCUACCACCAAAGACGGUCCGCACAGUUGGCUGACAGCUCGCCGAGUACAGACCGUAACACGUUAGAAAUAAGCGAGCAGUAAGAAUAAAUGAAGUGAAACUAAACUCCUAAUUGCGCGCUGAUCUUUAAAAUCCAAUUCAAAUACUUAACAACUUGUGGAUUACAGUUGAAAGUACUAGUGAAAAAUUCUGGACUCGUCUAACUUUUGGGCUAGUGAAUGUGAUAAUUGGUGAGGAAAAAGAGAAUCCUGCCGGAACGAUGACAGAGGGAAAUCAAUCGAAGUACCAGUAUCUGGCUGGCAUUUGUGUUAAUAUUAUUACGAUAUCGUAUGGAGGCUUCUGCGGCUGGCCGUCCGCAAGUUUCUUGAAGCUGCAGUCCAGCGAGAGUCCGCUCGCGACGGGGCCCAUGUCGAGUUCCGACGUUGGCUGGGUGGGUUCCAUGGUUUGUGUGGGAGGUGCACUGGGAACGAUAUUUUGUUCGUGGUUUGCCGAUCGUUAUGGACGAAAGAAGUGCAUGUUGUUGGUGGCGCUACCCUCGUUGAUCGGUUGGUGGAUUAUACCUUUUGCGACCACACCAACGCACCUUUGCAUUGCACGCGUUUUCGGCGGUUUCUCUGGAGGUGGCAUAUUUACUGUUAUACCUAUAUACACUACCGAGUUCGCGCAAGAUCACGUUCGCGGUAUUUUGGGAACAAUGCUAAUGUUGACGUUCAAUUUCGGCAUACUCUGCGCAUUCAUUCUGGGCCAUUUCUUUACCUAUGACGUGGUAGCUUGGAUCAUAUCUUCGCUGAGCGUCGUGUUCCUGCUUUGCUUCUCUUUUCUAAAAGAAACUCCUCAACACCUGCUGAAUAACAAUAAGAUUAAGAAAGCUGAGAAGUCAUUGAAAUACUUUCGCAAUAUACGAGCAAUGUCACACGAGUGGCCCGAGCACUUCAAAUUCGAGUUGGAUAAGCUGAAGGGGGAUGUCAAACAGAGCGAUGACGACGAAGAAAGCAAUUCAAUAUCCUGGAAGGAUAUAAAUGAUCCCACGACACGUAAAGCAUUCCUGAUCGGUAUCAUCAUCAUCACUUUGAUGCAGUGUUCGGGUUGUUUUGCGAUGCUCAACUAUUCUGCCAACAUUUUUCAAGAGUCUGGCUCCAGUCUUUCGCCCACAGUGUCGGCCAUCAUAGUUGGCGUAAUUCAGUUGGUUGGAUCCUAUGCGUCAACGCUGCUGGUGGAGCGCGCUGGUAGGAAGUUUUUGCUGCUAAUUUCAACGCUUGGCACUACUUUGGGGCAUAUCAUAUUCGGUGUGUACACGUACCUGACUGUGCUCGGCUACGACGUGCAUGAUUUCUCUUGGGUGCCAGUGGUGAGCUUCUCAUUCACAAUAUUCAUUUCGAGUGUGGGUUUGAUGACGCUGCCCUACGUGGUCAUAGCGGAAAUCAUUCCACCGAAAUUGCGCAGCAUGGGCUCAAUGGUUUGCAUGAUCCAGAUGUGGAUCGCCGGUUUAAUUAUGCUAAAGUUUUUGCCGUUAAUGGUCGAAGUGCUGGGUAUGCACGGUAUGGUCUUCGCAUUCGCUGGCAUAUGCAUUAUUGGUAUCAUAUUCAUCUACUUCUUUGUACCCGAAACUAAAGGCAAAACCAUUGAGGAAAUCCUCGAGAGUUUAUAGUAUUAUUGACAAGUACUUUUAAUUUUAUUUUCUGUUUGUUUAAGUUAUGUUUAGAAGAAACCGAAAGUUGAGGAAAAACUGUUUCUGCAUUUGUUUGCCAAGUAUUUAGUACCGUAUUGUACAAACUUCACUCAAAUGGACUGUAAUUUAUUCAAGUGUUACUUGAAAGAGUAUUUGUUUUUGUUAUAUGAUUUAUUUACAUAUUUUAAUAUACAUACUUUAAUGGACUGGGGUUUGACGAAACCUCUUGGUGAUAUAAA